GUAGUAUUGGGUGUCGUGACUGCUAGAGUCAAGACUCCUUCCCCGCACUCAAGCUGCUUCCCCAGCUUUUCGCCUUCGACCUUCUUCCACUUCCCAUCCUAUCAGCUCUUCCAUCUUCUGCUAUCCGUGUGUCACUUAAUUUACUAACUCUGCAACCUGUCACGAUCCGUGGGCAGUAUCCGGCAGCCAUCGUCUGGAUUUACUCUUCUCCGCCUGAUCAUCGCUGACGAACAACUAACUGUUCUCAUUUGAUUCGAGUGUAACUCCUGCAACACCUCCCUUUUUAACCGUUCGGCAAGCCAUCGCGUGUCGACAGCAACCUUACCCCUGUCUUUCGUCUGUGCUUCCCCAUUCUUCCCCUCUCUUAAAUCCCCUCUUGUGUUCUUUUCAUAGCUGUGUCGACUCGUCGUAUCGCUGUUGUCAACUCGGUUCGCUGCUAAACGACUGUUGUGGUUGUCCUGUUUUCGAAAGUUGCCCUUUUUUUUUCUGUUCUGCUAGAAGCAUUUGUCUCAGCAUUUCUUUUUGUCUGCACAGCAUUUAUUUUGUAUACGAUAAACAAGCAUGCUCGCACCACGCAUUUUCCGACCGGUGUCCUCACUGGUCCGGCCUUUGAGCUCCUCUGCUACUGCCUACCGCGCUCCCUCCAUUCGUGACAUCACCCCCACUUCAGCCGAGGAAUUUGCUGCGCGUCAGAAGGAGUUUCGCGAGAAUUUGGAGGUAGCUCGCAAAAAGAAAGAACAGCAAGAGAGUCAGUCUGUCGAUGCCUCUGCUUCUGCCUCUGCCUCAUCAUCCCCUGUGUCCCGUGAUCGCUUCCGUGAGUACGCUACCGCUCCCACUGCUCCGGGUGCGAGCAAUGCGAGCAGUAACUAUAGCCCUGCUGUCUUUGACGCUGCCCAAGUUCUUGAUAAUAAGGCAUUGGGCUCACUUUCUACCCACCGUAUUCUAGGAGAGGAACAUCAGCUAGAAGUCAAUCAAUUGCCUAAGCGCGGUCCCUUGUCUUCGCUCAUCUACGGAACGAAGGAAGGCCAGCAACUCGACAAGGAUAUCGAACGCUCGUUCUCCCAAGUCCUCGCUCGCGGCAAAUACGUCCACUCGAUCGUCUUCCACGAGGUCAAGCCCGAUAGAGUAGACGAAUAUGUUGAUCUGGUAGGGCAGUGGUAUCCCCGCAUGGCCGGCACUGAGGAAAACAAGGUGAAUCUGGUGGGAAGCUGGCGGACGCAAGUGGGGGAUAAUGACACUUUCGUCCAUAUCUGGGAGUACCAACGGUAUGAGGGCUAUCAUGCGUCCCUCCACAACAUCUCCCGCCAUCCGGAGUUUCCUGAAUUUGACCGCAAGCUGAAGAGCUUGAUCAAGAGCAAGAAGACAUCACUGAUGCAGGAAUUCUCGUUCUGGCCAACGACCCCACCCCGACGACUGGGCGGCCUUUUCGAACUCCGAUCCUACACGCUUCACCCCGGUAACCUCUUGGAGUGGGAAUCGCACUGGCGAACGGGCCUCAGGGCUCGGCGCGAAGUCAUGGAGGGAGUCGGUGCCUGGUUCGUUCAAAUUGGUGACUUGAACACUGUGCACCACCUCUGGCAAUUUGCGAACCUCGAAGAACGCAAGAUUUGCCGGGAGCAGUCAUGGGGUAUCGAAGGAUGGGCAGAGACGGUGCACAAGACUGUCCCUCUCAUCCAAAGCAUGCAGAGCCGGAUUCUGAUUCCUAUGCCAUGGAGCCCUGUUGGCUAAGUGCAUUGCACCCCAUAGUCCAGUCGAUUUGCGAUGACAGGUAAGGUCCUCGGGGAACGCCCAGUGCACGCCAAAUACUCUGCCGAAGGAAACCAAGCAUCAAGGUUGUGGAUGGACCGAGAUCAAUGGGGCGCAAAUACACUGCAUGGUUUGGAGAACAGAGUCCGCCGAUCUCUGGGGGAAGAAUGUAACGGUUGCUCCAAGUUUCGGGCAUUAUUUACGGAGUACGGAAAGCUUGGUCGCUCCACUAUCCACUAUCGAAUUUCAACUAAAGCAGCCAUAGGGCUCUUAGUGUAUCCAACCCGCACUAGCAUUAUCGUCAUAUCAUUUCUCUUUGUAUCUAGAAAUUUAUUUG